GUGCUCCCUGGGAUCAGGAUCCUUGGAUUUCCCAUAGCUCCAGCCGCUCAAUUCCGGCAAUGACUGCGUGGAUUGAACCAUCUCCCGAAUACGAAGAUGACCAAGCAGGCAACUCUAGAAGCUUGCUGCAUAAGAAUAUAUACUUCACUGGGCCAGCUUGAUCUACCACCACCCCCCGGAACAGUCGUGCUAUUUAAGACUUCGCUACUCAAUACCAAUAGUACUCCAACCAGAGGCAAAACCUAUAAAACUGCUGCAAAAUGACUAGACCUCCUCCACUGUCCCAUCUUCUGGAGACUUGCAUCUACGUUCGCGAUGUCCGAACCUCGUCGCAAUUUUACCAACACGCCUUAAACUUACAACCCUUUUCAGAAACAGAUCGGUCGGCCGGAUUUGCCCUAGGGCCCAUCACGCUGCUGCUCUUUGGACUGGGCAAAACCGUCUCAGACGUUGAGACCGAGGGCGGGAGCAUUCCUCGACACGGUCCUAGCCCACAGCUUCUUUCCCAGUUCCUCUCCGACCAUGGCGAGGGCAUUGCUCUCCGGCAGCAUUUUUGUUUGGCCGUCCGGGAUCGCUCAGAGGUGCAGCAAUGGGACUUACACUUGCAGGCCCAGGAGGUUCCCAUUCUGAGCCGCGUGGACUGGGAGCGAGGCGGGCGUAGUGUUUACUUCAAAGACCCGGAUGGAAAUGUGGUCGAGAUCGGAUCUCGAGGAAUCUGGCCACACUACUAGCCUACAGAGAAGGUCUUUGUGUGACUGGGGGUCUCUGGCCUAACGUAUGGGGAAGUUCCAACUGUUCUGGAUCUUUCGAAUUGCAGUUUGAACUGGAGCUUUUGUGAACAUCAUUAUAGUGGAACAGAGUGAUCCGAUGUUGCUUUGUUGCUGGGUGG